GCUUCGUGAAAAAUCUGAAUGCGCAUAGAUCAUGGUUUCAUGUAUUCGCUUGAAUAUGCAGGCUUCCUCACGAUUUCCCUCGUCGUAUGAACACCGACCCCGCAUACAAGUCAAACAAUCACGCAAUUCGCCCAUUCCCAUCAGAGUUGAGCGUUUUACCGAAAGACAAGGCCGACUUAUUAAAAUAAGAGACAGUUUGUCAAGUUUAGUCAACAGACCUCCGAAAAAGGACACUUCUGAUCGCAAGUGUUCCAGCGAUAACAUUAGCAAUUGGUACAAAAAACAUAGAGCCGCUAGGGAACAGAAAUCACAAGAGAAAAAGGAACGAAAAUUGUAUGAAAAAGAAAGGAUUGAAUUACAGAAGGCGCAAAAGCAAUUCGAGAAAAAUCAACAAGCUGAACAGGAGAGAAUCGCGCGGGAACAGAAAAAGUUAGAAAAUGCACAACUUGAGGAAUAUAAUCGAUUGCAGAGAGAGAGGGAAAAGGAAUUAUUGAAACAGCUACAAGAACAAGAAAAGUAUUUAAAAAGCUACCCACAGUUACGUAUGGAAACAGAAACGUCUUAUAAAGAUAGUACAAAAAAUAAGAGGACUGUCGAUAGUGCAAGUAAAAAAUUAUAUAAAAGCAAUAAUCACCACCGCCUUUCCUGGACUGACAGGUUUUCCCACUGGUUCUACAGGCUUUGCUGUCAAUUCUACUGCUACUUAACGUGUGUUUUAUUAGUUUUGUUUGUUCUUAUUUUCGUAAUAUAAAAUUAUAAUAAGCUUAUUAUGACAUAUCAUGUGAACGUGUUAUUAAAC